CCAUCCCUUGGUAGUUUAGUGGCGUGCUGUUCCCUCUUAUUGGUUAAGAGUCUGCCAUGUGUUAAAUUAGCAUGAAAGACGCAAGUGGCUGAGGAACCACUGGGGGCAAAGCUGGCAGUGCGUCACAGCCCUCGGAAAAAAGGUAGAAAAAAAUAACUAAAGAACCGACAAACAUGCGAGUCAAUUCGUGCCAAUGACAACAAAACCAUUGGUGAUCUCAGAUGCGACCAUACACCUCACCGUUACAGGUGGUACAGGAUAUGAUUUCAGGAGGCAAGAGAUCUGGGGUGUCUGAAGUUCUGUAAACAAGCAACAAAAUCUGCUCUAUAAAACCGUGACAUGGAGGAUGAACGGCUGAAGAAAUAACUUGCGAAGGAAAAGGUACCAGUCUCCACCGCGUCACCUCUCUAGCAUCACAGAACACAAUGAAAUAACGUCGGACGCCGAGGAUGAAAUGCGUUGAAGUUGAGACUGAAGAAACGCAAUGGCGGUGAAGAGCUGUGACACGAAAAUAUAAACGGGAAAAGUUCGCCGGCAUCCUUGAGUACUGAGUAAGUGAACUGAGAGGAAGAGUUAUAAAUGCUGAGAAAGUACAUUAUCUCUGCUGCUGAGAUAUAACUAAAGAGGAAGGUACUACUGUACUUGACACGGAGAAGAAACUUUUUGUAAAGUGUAGGAGUCAUGGCUUCAGAGGAAUCUACCGGGCUGGCCAAAUCUGCAGCUGUGAAAUUAUCCGAAAUGGGCCAAAGAACUAAACAGCUCGGUACAGCUAUGCAAGACCCUAAUCGGCAAAGACGGAUUAUUUUAGUGAUUGUCUGUGUCGCACUUCUGUUAGAUAACAUGCUGUACAUGGUUAUUGUGCCGAUCAUACCCGAUUACCUUGCUGAUCUCGAAAGCGAACAAUCAGAACACGCCCAUGUAGCUGUGCACUCAAAUUCCUCAAGCAACUAUACAAGCCCGGGUAAAGUAUCCAGGGAUAACUUAGAUUUGCAAAUCGGAGUUCUUUUUGCGUCGAAAGCCAUUCUACAGCUUCUAGUUAACCCCUUGUCAGGAACAUUCAUAGAUCGUGUCGGAUACGACAUUCCACUUUUGAUUGGACUCACGGUCAUGUUCUUCUCAACCUGCAUAUUUGCCUUUGCCGAAAACUAUGCUACUCUGUUCGUGGCCCGCAGUCUGCAGGGUCUCGGGUCAGCUUUCGCAGAUACUUCUGGAAUUGCCAUGAUUGCUGACAAGUACACAGAGGAAGCAGAGAGGAGUCGAGCCCUCGGCAUCGCAUUGGCAUUCAUCUCGUUUGGAAGCCUAGUGGCGCCCCCAUUUGGGGGCAUUUUGUACGAAUUUGCGGGUAAAAGUGUCCCGUUCAUCGUGCUGGCAUGCGUUUGCUUAGCAGACGGUAUUUUGUUAUUGACUGUAAUUAAACCAUUCUCCAAUAGGACUAGAGAAAACAUGCCCGUCGGCACCCCUAUUUACAGGCUCAUGAUGGAUCCCUAUAUCGUCGUGGUGGCCGGGGCGUUGACAGUGUGUAAUAUCCCCUUGGCCUUUCUGGAACCCACAAUAGCCAACUGGAUGGAAAGCACCAUGAAUGCAUCGAAAUGGGAAAUGGGACUCACCUGGCUACCGGCCUUUUUCCCUCAUGUUCUGGGCGUUUAUAUUACUGUGAAGUUAGCGGCCGAAUACCCCAACUUGCAAUGGUUUUAUGGAGCUCUCGGUAUGGUUAUCAUUGGCGCUAGUUCAUGCACUGUACCAGCCUGCAAAAACUUUGGACAGUUAAUCGCCCCACUGUGCGGCAUCUGUUUCGGCAUUGCUCUCGUGGACACUGCCCUUCUGCCCACACUCGCAUUUCUGGUAGACGUGCGUCAUGUCUCAGUAUACGGCAGUGUCUAUGCUAUCGCUGACAUCUCCUACUCUGUCGCUUAUGCCAUGGGACCAAUCGUUGCAGGUCAGAUUGUUCAUAACCUCGGUUUUGUGCAACUCAAUCUGGGCAUGGGUCUCGUCAAUGUACUGUACGCACCCGCUCUCCUCCUGCUCAGAAAUGUGUGCCAAAUGAAACCGUCCUAUUCUGAGAGAAACGUUCUCCUGGAAGAGGGACCCCAGGGACUGUAUGAUACCAUAAAGAUGGAGGAGCGUAAAGCCAAGAAGAAGGGCUAUAGUUCAACGGGUAACUGCAUGGUUAGUGAUGAGAAUGGCAUUGACACGUUCAAAGGACAUUCGAGGUCAUAUUCUGAGGAGUCAUCUGGGCCUGAAUAUAGUUAAAAUGAACAAAAACUUUACAACAUACACACCCCUUUUGUGACUACAGGAACAGACAACCCACGAAAACAGUAGAGGUGCACUUGCCAUGUAAUGUACUGUAAUAAUGCGCAACGUAUUUACCAAACCACCUAAUCAUGAUUGUGUGACCAGUUCUUUCCAGAUUUGCUUUUCUUUUACGAUUACGUAAAACAAUUAAGGACUUUUUUUAACGUAUAUGAACAAGUCUGUAGUGAAGCGUUCACUCAUCUAGACGUAUACUUGGAGUGUUGUGAAAGGUUAAAAUUUACAGUUGAAUAUGUGUGCAUAACUAUUGUAUAGCAUUGUACAAAGGUACAUCGAUUAAUGUACUCCAAAAUAUAUUUGCAUAUCUAGGGACUUAAAUGCAUAAUACAUGAUGUAUAGUGUUAUCUGUUCGUACGCAUAAAACAAUAUUAUUAUUUUUCUUUAAACUAUAUGUUCUGUAACCAAUCACGUGGUUUGCUGCUAUUAUUAACACACAACGUGAAAUUGAAAACCUAGGAUUAGAAUAAAUCGAGUUUUGACACCA